AAGGGAGAGCAGGACCAGCUGCUGCUUACGUUUGCUUCUGACACAAACCUGUUCACUAGCAACCACACAAACCAACACCAUGGUGCAUCUGAGUGGUGAGGAGAAGGCUGCCGUCACCGGCCUGUGGGGGAAGGUGAAGGUGGACGAAGUUGGUGGUGAGGCCCUGGGCAGGCUGCUGGUGGUCUACCCCUGGACCCAGAGGUUCUUUGACUCCUUUGGGGACCUGUCCUCUGCUUCUGCUGUUAUGGGCAAUCCUAAGGUGAAGGCCCAUGGCAAGAAAGUGCUAGACUCCUUCAGUGAGGGUCUGCAGCAUCUGGAUAACCUCAAGGGCACCUUUGCUAAGCUGAGUGAGCUGCACUGUGACAAGCUGCACGUGGAUCCUGAGAACUUCAGGCUCCUGGGCAACGUUUUGGUGUGUGUGCUGGCUCGCCACUUUGGCAAGGAAUUCACUCCGCAGGUGCAGGCUGCCUAUCAGAAGGUGGUGGCUGGUGUGGCCACUGCCCUGGCUCACAAGUACCAUUGAGAUCUUGACCUGUUUCCUGGCUACCAUUGGAAGGCUCUUUUCCUCUAGAUUUCAUCUUCUGAACUUGGAGAAAUAAUGUCCAUCCUCAAGGGUAUGGCUUCUGCCUAAUAAAGAACUUUCAACUCAA